AUGAGGUCUGCAGGUCUUCCAGCAACGGGCACGCCAGACCCAGCUAGCCAGCAGAUUCCUAAUCAGCAUGUGUUAGACAGGGCUGACAGGGACCAAAAUUCACGCGAUCCAUCCUCUCUCGGAAGCAUUCGAAUUCUGGGAGAUCUCAGGAGAGAUGAGGGCAGAGUCUCGGAAGCAGAAGACCUUUUCCGAAGAGCAUUGGAUAUUUGCGAGGUUUCCUUUGGUCCGAAUGAUCCAGAAACCAGGAGAGCUCUCCUAGACCUAGCUUGGGUUCUAGAGACAGAGGCCAAAUAUUCAGAAGCAGAGAACCUCUGCCGAAAGGCACUUGCCGCAGAAGAAGCCGUACCGGAUUCAGUUAACCAGAAAAUACUAUUGGACACCAUUGGAAUCCUGGCACUGCUCCUCUGGAGACAGGAGAAGUACGCAGAGGCUGAAACGAUGAACAGACGGGCAGUAGAAAUUAGUAAGGUUCUUCAUGGGCCUGAAAGCUCAGCGACCUUACAUUACUAUUCAACCUUGUCAAGGGUGCUUGAAGAUUCUCAGAGAUUUCAAGAGGAAGAAACGAUUUUGAGGCAAGCCAGAGAUAUCACAGAGAGGCAACAUGGACCAGAACUGCCGGACCCCCUGCAAUGGACGAGAAGACUUGCGAGAAAUCUUCGGAUGCAGGGUCGAUAUGCUGAGGCGAUGGAUCUUUAUGGGACACUAAUAGGUCCUAGAACAAGCGCAAUCAGCCCCGAUCAAGAAAUAGAGACCCUGCACAUUCAGAAUGGAAUUGCCCAAGUACACCAGGGCCAGGGCCGGCAUAGCGAGGCGACCGAGUUGUGGAGUCAAGUGUUGUCGGAAAAGACUCGACUACUUGGGCCAGAACAUCCCUCUACCUUGGAGACCCUCACUGACUUGGCAUCGUCUUUGGUGCAUCAAGGGGAAUACAUAAGGGCAGAAGAGCUCCAUCGCCGUGCGUUAGAUGCAAGUUAUAGAGUUCUUGGGGCCGAUAACGAAGCAACGCUUGUGCGUGCAUACUACCUCGCUGGAGUCUUGCGACACCAAAAUAGGUACACCGAGGCUGAAACGAUGUACCGACGAGCCUUGGAGACGAGCCGCAGGAUAUUGGGAUCUAGGCAUCAGUUUACGGUAAACUGUGUCAAUUUUCUUGCGCAAAUGCUCCGAAGACAGGGAAACAAUGCAGAAGCAGGAGAAAUUCUACGCCAGCUUAUUCUAGGGAAUUUUGCAAAUUAA